AAAAAAAAAAAAAAAAGGAAAAUUCCCAGCUUCCCCAGAACUAGACUCCCUGGUUCCGGAUAAUUCCAGGCUAACAAACACAAAAGGGAGCGAGGUACAGCACAGUAAGCACAGUGUGAAUGUUCUCUGUAUGGAAAACACCAGUCAGGAAAAUACGUGGAAAACUCCUAAGCACUGAAAUUACCGAAGUGGUGACUAAUGACUGAGCCUCAGUUAUGUCGAACGUGCUCCAUUUAAGUCUUUUUGUCUAAUUAACGAAGAAAGGUGGAUGUUAAUGAGGUCACUGAAGAAGGGGACUGGGUACUCCUACUGUCAGCCACAAGAGCAAGGCACAGGGCCUGGGAUGCAAUUCCAGCUUUAUAAAUACAAACCAAAGUUCUGCUGCACUUCCUUGGUGAACAAUGAAGGUUCUGCUGCUGAAGGAUCCCAAAGACAAAGAUUCGGGACCAGAUCCGUAUAUUAAAGAAUUAGGAUUGUAUGGCCUUGAAGCAACGUUGAUCCCAGUUUUGUCAUUUGAAUUCCUGUCUCUUGAAAGCUUAUUUGAAAAGCUUUCUCAUCCAGAGUGCUAUGGAGGCCUAGUUUUUACCAGUCCAAGGGCAUUAGAAGCCAUCAAAAUAUGCUUAAAAGAGAACAGUAAAAAAGAAGCCUGGUUGAAAUCUCUUAAGCAAAUGUGGAAUAUCAAACCAACGUAUGUGGUAGGAAAAGCUACAGCUUCUUUAGUGGAAGAAAUUGGCCUCACCCCACAAGGAGAAAAGUGUGGAAAUGCUGAAAAAUUGGCUGAGUAUAUUUGCUCAAGAGAGAAACCGAAUUCCUCAGCUCUUCUUUUUCCUUGUGGAGCCCUGAAAAGAGAAGUUCUUCCUACAGUGCUUAGAGAGAAAGGCAUACCUCUGGAAAGCCUGACUGUUUAUCAGACAACCCAGCACCCUGAUCUGCAGAAAUCCUUGAGCAGUUACUUCUCACAGCAGGGAAUCCCUGCAAGCGUCGUGUUCUUCAGCCCAUCUGGUGUCAAAUUCUGCCUCCAGCACAUUCAGCAGCUUUCAGGGGAUGUGAUCAACCAUGUCAAGUUUGCUGCCAUCGGGCCAACAACUGCAGAGGCCCUGGAAGCUGCAGGGAUCCCUGUGAGCUGCACUGCAGGGAGCCCCACUCCCCAGGAUCUCGCUGCUGGGAUCCACAAAGCCCUCCACACCCAGAACUGCUCCUUGCCCAAGUGAGAGCCCAGGGUGCCUGGGAAGGUGAACAUGGUGCUCUAGGACGGGUUUCCACUUUCAGGUCUGUUGUCGUGCAAGAAAAGUGUUUUUUGGGAAUAUACAACACUCUUGUCAGGGACUGGUGUGAGAAGGUUGCACCUAGAUGUCUAAGAAAUGUGGAAUCUCUCCAGCAUCUCUUAAAACAUCCAACUCUUCCCCUUUCCUCAUGUGAAUGUGAGUAUUUUAUCCUUGAAAACUAGCUGUGAACACCUGUACCCUGAAAUCAGUUCCUCUCAUCACCUCAGGUGUCUCCCAGCACACAGGUCAGGUUUUAAUUUCUCUGUAUAAUCAGUUUUACAGACACGUCUUUUGUACGAAAAACCCCCACGUUUCAAUGAAGUUCUUUUGUAAACUUGUUUAUUGUUCUGCUUUUCAGAUAUUUGUGUGAAAAUGAUGAUUGUAGAUUCUCAGUGGAAUGGGAGAGUUCUUGCAAUGAAGUUGCACUGUGUGGGGCUAAUUCAGGUCUGCUCUUGCCCUUCAACGUCCUUACAGUACAGGGUCUGAAAAAUUAGGUUUGGGUUUCUGUUCCUGUAAAGGAGGAGGGUUUAUUAACAGGGAAAUAAACUGGCUUAUCAGAGUUCAUAAUGGUGUUAGAGUUGUGUUUUGGAUGUAGUUUAUGCUUUAAUUAUUUAUCUGUGAAAGGGGAAAAAUAAUCCGAUUUAGCACUAAUGCCCAGGGAUUCAUAGAAGAUUUAAAUCAUAAUAUACUCAAUUAUAAUCCUCCUGAAAAAAAAAAGAUCAUUUGUGUUGCUAGCAAAGUGCUGAGGUUCCUGGAAUAACAGAGAAGCCUUUAUUUGCUGUACAGUCCUGUUAUCUUAAUUCUGAGGAUGCAACCAGAAUUUCCAGCCAGGUGAGAUGCUCUGGACUUGGAACAAGAGUUAAUCUGAGCCCAGUUAUGCUCCUGCAACCUGAACUCAUUUCAGAUUGUGGGUGUGGGUUCAUCAAACUGGAGCCAAGUAUUUGGCUGUAUAAAGCAGUUCCAUUUCUUGAGACAAAAUGGAAUCUCAGAAGGAGAAUCACAGAAUAGUUUGGGUUGGAAGGGACCUUAAAGAAAGCUCUUCUAGUUCCAUGUGCAUACAUGUAAAAACUGUUUCUACCUUUAAAUAAAGUGUUUUAUACUGCUGUUUUUCAAUAGUGAACCACAUUUAUUUGUAGAACAUCAGAUGCUGUAUUUUUAAAAACUUUGUAUUUCAAGAAUGUGUAUUUCAAAAAACCCAAAGUCCUCACAUGCUGAUAUAAGCCCCCCCCCCAGAUUUUUUCUGCCUUUCAAGUAGUUUUCAUUCUCUUUUAAUUUGCUGCUCUGAUGA